AUGUACUCCGCCGACGAGUUCUUUUUCCACAAUUUUCUGAGCGACUCCGACGAUUCCUCAUCCGAUGAUGAGGAGAUGCCGGCUGCUGUGUUGGUCCAUGACCACCUUAAUAGGCAGCGACCGUUGUUCUGGGGCUCGAUCCCGGGGCACAUUCCGGCGUUGAAUCGCAACCGAGAGAGCAGCCAUUUGCUUCUAUGGAAGGACUACUUGGCCACAACCAACCCACUGUUCAAACAUCAGAAAUUUCGGCGGCAUUUCCGUAUGGCUAGGCAUGUUUUCAACCGUAUUAGAGAGGGGGUGGUCGGAUACGAUAAUUAUUUCAAGUGCAAAGAGGAUGCCCAUGGAAAGAUUGGCUUCUCAUCUUAUCAGAAAUACGCUGCAGCCAUCCGGAUGCUUGCAUAUGGAGUGCCCGGUGAUCUCAUUGACGAGUAUGUCCGUAUGAGCGAGUCUACGUGCCUAGAGUCCAUGUACAAGUUCUGGAAGGCUGUGGUUGCCGUGUUUGGCCCUGAGUACUUAAGAGAACCGACUGUUGCAGAUACAACCUGCUUGUUGGCGAUGAAUGCCAGCAGGGGCUUCCCAGGGAUGCUUGACAGCAUAGACUACAUGCAUUGGGAGUGGAAGAACUGCCCUUCUGCUUGA